AUGGUACUUUGGGGUGACUCAGUAUCUAGUGAGUUUAGAUUGGCGUGCGGUGUGCGUCAAGGUGGGCUGACCUCUCCGGAUCUGUUUAAUCUCUACGUCAAUAACCUGAUCGAGGAGCUAAGUGGCACUGGCAUCGGAUGCCAUAUUGGUGGAGUCUGUUUUAAUAACUUAAGUUACGCUGAUGAUAUGGUGUUACUUAGUCCCUCAAUAAAUGGUAUUCGAAAAUUGUUGCACAUCUGUAAGGAGUAUGCGAGGAACCACGGUUUAAAAUAUAAUGUUCGAAAAUCGGAAAUGGUAGUUUUUCGAGCUGGUAAGAGUCCGGAGAGGAUUCCAUCCGUACUUUUGGAUGGAACACCAGUUCAGGUUGUAGAGCAGUUUAAGUAUCUAGGUCAUAUGCUGUCGGGAUCCUUGAGCGUCGAUCUGGAUAUAGAAUGGGAGCGGAGGUCGCUGGCCAUUCGGUGUAACAUGCUCGCUCGUAGAUUCGCUCGGUGCUCUGAGGAUGUUAAAAUAACUCUGUUUAAAGCUUAUUGUUUAAGUUUUUAUACUUCGCAGUUAUGGAUCAGCUACACCAAAAGAUCCUUUAACACUCUCAGAGUCCAGUACAACGACGCGCUCCGCGUUUUGUUAAAAAAGGCGAGGUACUGCAGUGCGUCGGGCAUGUUUGCCGAUGCCGGAGUCUCCGACUUCUACGCUGUGCUCCGUAAGAGAAUUGCGAGUUUCUGGGAAGUCGUUGUAAAUUCCAACAAUAAGCUCCUUAGAGUCGUCGCUCAGGCAUCACAGCGUAUUUAUUAA